CUUCUCCUGCGCCGCUGCCCAGCCCCAGCUCGGCGGGUGGAAGACAGAUGCUUAGGUUGUCAGCCGCCAGCUCCCAUGUGCGCUGACCGCGGGGUCCCUCCUAGCUCGAGGGACCUAUUUAAAAAAUUGGGGCUGGGCACCUCUCCUGGACGCCAGGAAGCGGGUGCGGGUUCGGCUGUGACCCAAAGGCUGCAGCGGCCCGUCGGCGCGCGCGCAGGGCGCGCGUGGGAGCGUGUGGGUGAGAGUGAGGGUGCGCUCGGGGCAGGCCGGAGGCGGACCCGCCGGGUGGCAGGUGGGUGCGGCCUGCAGGAGCCGGGGCAGCGGCGGCGGCGGCAACAGCAGCAAGUGGUUGGGCCGUGCGCAUUUCCUUCCCUCCCCCUUGGCCUCCGAGCCCGCCCGCGGUGCCCAGUGCGCGGCGCCCGUGGCUGCGCUCCGCGUCCCCUCCCUGCCGCCACUGGCCGCUCCCUUCCCCGCCCGUCCAUGUCCCUGCCCGUGGUGCUCCCGGGAUCCUGCUGCCCGGUGGCGGGUCUCUCGGGCGGCCCGCAGGCCGGGGGCCCGGGCGCCGCGGCCGCUGCCGCCCAGGAGCCGCCGCUGCCUCCGCUGCGGCCCCGCUGGCCCCGGGCCGCGCUGCAGCCCCCGGUGCGGCCUCGCUGCUCGGCCACGGCCGCCGCCGUGCUAGCCCCGCCGCCCGGGCUCUCUUCCCGCCGGGCCGCCGCCGCCGCCGCCGCUGCGGCCCCAGGCUCUGCGCUGCUGCCGGCUCGCCCGCUGCUAUCGCUCGGGCUGCUGCAGCUGAUCCUGGGCUGCUGCAUGGUGGCCCUCAGCUUCGGGGCGCUGUCGCUGAGCAGCUCCCCGCAGGUGAAGAACUCGUGCCCGUUCUGGGCUGGCUCCUCGGUGAUACUGUCUGGAAUCAUAGGAUUAACCACUUGGAAACGGCCUAUGAUACUCCUGGUAAACCUCUUUGUGCUGCUCUCAGUGGUGUGUGUCCUCUUAAAUUUAGCUGGAUUUAUCCUAGGCUGCCAAGGGGCCCAGUUUGUGUCCAGUGUGCCCAGGUGUGAUCUGGUGGACUUAGGCGAAGGCAAGAUUUGCUUCUGUUGUGAAGAAUUUCAACCAGCCAAAUGCACAGACAAAGAAAAUGCCUUGAAACUCUUCCCCGUUCAGCCUUGUAGCGCGGUUCACCUACUACUUAAGAAAGUCCUUUUCGCCUUGUGUGCCUUGAAUGCCCUGACCACCACCGUCUGCUUGGUGGCAGCCGCCCUUCGCUACCUCCAGAUAUUUGCAGCCAGAAGAUCCUGCAGCGAUGAAUCCCAGAUUUCUGCCGAGGAAGUGGAAGAACAUGGACGCAUCCCAGACCCUGAUGACUUCGUGCCGCCUGUGCCUCCCCCGUCCUAUUUCGCCACGUUUUACUCGUGCACACCCCGGAUGAACCGCAGGAUGGUCGGUCCUGACAUCAUUCCACUGCCGCAUAUCUACGGAGCACGAAUCAAAGGUGUGGAAGUCUUCUGUCCCCUGGACCCCCCACCUCCCUACGAAGCUGUGGUGAACCAGACAGACCAGGACCAGGGAUCCUCAUUCCAAAUCUCAGAAGGAUCAGAAGCGGCCACAAGCUCGUUGGAACCGACGUGCAUGCCAGUGACUCAAGGUGGGGACAUUCCUAACACACCUGGAGAAGAAAGUGCAUCUAUUUCAACACCCAACUCAAACCAGCAACAUCCCGCGAGAAGAGUCCUCCAACCGCUGAGGACAAGAUCGAAGAGUGACCCUGUGCUCCAUCAUUCCACGGAGAGAGCCGCCCCUGUGCUCAGCUGUGAAGCUGCAACUCAGACGGAGGGAAGACCGGAUCUGACUGCCGUGACCUUGAGGAGGGGUUUGAGACCCAGAGCUUCGCGAUGCAGACCCCGGUCUCUAAUAGAUUACAGAUCUUACAUAGACACCAAGCUGCUGGUGGCAAGGUUCCUGGAGCAGUCCUCCUGCAGUAUGACCCCGGACAUCCAUGAACUUGUAGAAAACAUUAAAUCUGUUUUGAAGUCUGACGAAGAGCAUAUGGAGGAAGCCAUCACAAGUGCCAGUUUCCUAGAACAGAUCAUGGCCCCCUUGCAGCCCAGCGCUUCCGGGACCCACUUGCUGCCCUCGCGGAGACAGCCCGGUCUGCUGCACCUGCGGAGUUGCGGAGACCUGAGCACCUUCGUCGUGGCAGGGAGGCCCAGAGCCGAGAGAAGGCCCCGGCGCGUGGAGGCUGAGCGGCCUCACAGCCUAAUCGGCGUCAUCCGAGAGACUGUCCUGUGAACAGACGGGGCCAGACGCCUGCAGUGACCUGAGGAGCAGCGGGAAGGAAGGAAGACGGCCCCCGGAAGGCUGAAGGCCGCUCUCUUGGAGGGGAAGGAUCCUCCUCCUCACCAUGUCAUUUCCGGGCUGCCUGGCAGUUGGGGUCCCCCUCUGGGAACUCCUCAAAAAGGAGGGCACUUCAGAGGACAUUUUCUUCCCCCUCUUUGGCUCUCCUUUCUGCUGACCAAGGGUGUUCAAGGCGGGAAUGAACAGGUUCUUCGCGGCUCAUUUGGUUUGCGGGAGCAUCAAGCUGGAGGCUGUGAAUGUAGCGCCUCCCCUGCCUCUGCCGGGCCCCCUGCCUGGGUGUGGGCAGACGUGGGGCUAAUGAGCCUUUGCCCCUCAGCCGUCGCGGCUUUCUCCCUCGCCGCCGCCGCCGAGUUCUCUGUCGCUGGAAGGACAGAUCUGCUGCGCUGCUAUUGAUAACCCCCUGUGGCCUUGCACUCAGUGACAAAGGAGUUGGCAAGGAAGCAGGAUGCUUCCCCUUGAUGUCCUGAAAUCGGCAAGCCUCAUCUUAGGUCACCCUGAAAGCAUACUCUCUUUAGGAAAAACAGGAGACUUUUUCAGUGACAAAUUGUAAUGGAAGACAUUUAGGGAGAGGAUUCUUGUUGAUUCCAUUUAUUCAUGCUUGCAAAACUAGAGAUGGCUAAGGCAGAACUGAGAAUAAAAAUGUUUACUUUGGACUUCUGG